AUGCAUCACAUGUGUUCUUAUUACAGCUACAAUGGUGAUGAUAAACUAUGUUUGAUUCAUUCAAACCGCGAAGAGGAUACCACACUUAUAACAGAUUCAAAAUGGCAGAUGUACGAGCCAGUAUUAAACUGUCCCCCUGAUUGGAAUUUGUUUGAAGGCAACUGCUACUUCUUCAGUCAAGACGAAAAAUCUUGGGAUGAUGCUAAGGUUUAUUGCGUAGAACAACAAAGCAUGCUGGUAGAGGUGAUGUCCGAGAAUGAGAAUAAUUUCUUGAAAGGAAAGGCUGCAGAACACCAAUCAUCUUUCUGGAUAGGUGCAACAGAUACUAAAACUGAAGGUGUUUGGUUAUGGGGCACGAGUCAGACAGUGGUUACGUUUACUGACUGGAAUAAACCUCCAGAUAAUCACAGAGGAAACCAGGAUUGUGUACAACUUCAAAAUUCAGAGGAGUACGGAUGGGAUGACAGCUAUUGUGAUACCAAUUUCCGUGGAUCUCGUUUAUGCAGCUACAAUGGUGAUGAUAAACUAUGUUUGAUUCAUUCAAACCGCGAAGAGGAUACCACACUUAUAUCAGAUUCAAAAUGGCGGAUAUAUGAGCCAGACUGUCCUCCUUCUUGGGAUUUGUUUGAAGGCAACUGUUACUUGGUCAGUCAAGACCAAAAAUAUUGGCAUGAUUCAAAGGUUUAUUGUGAGGAACAACAAAGCAUGCUGGUAGAGGUGAUAUCCGAGAAUGAGAAUAAUUUCUUGAAAGGAAUGGCCGACGAAGACAUGGCAUUUUAUUGGAUUGGUGCAACAGAUAUUGACACGGAAGGUGUUUGGAUAUGGGACAAAAGUCAGACAGUGCUUACGUUUACUGGCUGGUUUCCAGGUCAACCAGAUAGCAAUUUUAAUAAUUAG